AUGGGCUGUUUCAGAAGUCGAGUGGGUGUGAUGACUGCUGAAGUUGUGACAGAAGAAGUGCCACGGCAAUGGUUUUGUUGUGGACGCUGUUCCAUGCCAUCAUUAACGAAAAUGCCAUCUGCAGCUCGGCAUCUUAUGUCCAACAUGUUCUCUUUCUUCAACAGUACGUCUUCGACACAACCUGGGAGCAGCGACAAAGUUGGCGCGCAGUUCAGUACUCCACAAAUGGAUCGAAAGAGUCGAGUAAAUGGCACGAGGCGGUUGAGUGAAGGACAAACGAAUGGAGCUGUCAACAACGGAAAGGUAGAUCAAGGAGAUAAUAGUGCUAAGCAAAAGAAACCCAUCAAAUGGGAGCGAUUGAAGAUCAAAAAUGUGGAGAAAUGGGAGCCAAAUGUAUACGAAAAAGAGCUCCUUCGCCGUACAUGGAGUGAUGAUUUUGAAUUUCUCUACGAUCUUGGCACAUCAAUCUAUACCUAUAUAUUUGAACAUAAUCCAAACUGCAAGCAACUAUUCCCACAACUUGUAAAAUAUGGUGACAAAUUCAAGGAAUCGAGGGAAUUUCGAUCUCAAGCGCUUAAAUUUGUCCAGACAAUAUCACAAGUUGUAAAGAAUAUCUACCAUAAAGAAAGAUUGGAGCCUUUCCUCUAUGGUGUUGGGCAAUUACAUUGCAAAUUUGCAUCACGAGGGUUCAAACCGGAGUACUGGGAGAUAUUUCAGGAUGCUAUGGAACAUUCGUUGGCUGAGCACAUGAACAGCUUACCUGACUUAGACGAACGUCAGCGUUCAGACGCCGUAACUAUCUGGCGGACGUUAGCUCUAUAUAUAAUAGCUCAUAUGAAAGUUGGCUACUUUGACGGACUCAAAGCCAUCAACAAACAUCCUCCUCUGGUGUAACCUUGAUUAACUGAGGACUUGCUUAACCUCGAUGAAGCACAUCAGCUCAAGUGCCGGUCAACUACUCCAAACUGCCCAAACCCAAGACACAGGAUAAAAUUCCGCCGAACAGCCACGCCAUUCAAGAGACCUCCUUCGCCAUGUUUGUUAUAUCGGGAUGUUCCCAGAAUCAAGUCUGAAGUAUAUUGCCUAUUUCAGCUGUGAUCCUUCUUUUGUUGUUUUCUCUUGUAUCAUAAGGUAGCUAAUGUCCUGAAAGGAAGAAUAUUCUUCUCCUCGCAAUUUAGG